UUGUUAGAUCUUUCAUUUGACCGAACUAAACCAGGAGGACGGUAAUGCCGAGUAGGCGAGUAAUGAUGUCGACGUUCGCUAAACAACAACUCUGACACGGCUCGUUUAAACUCCCAAGACGGAACCAACACUUUCAUUCUGAUUCAGAUGGGCGUUGAUCUGGAAUCCAUCUCGGAGGCUACAUCUGGAGCUAUAGGCUCGCUUCUCAGCACGACCAUUCUGUACCCUCUCGAUACCUGCAAAUCCAAGUUCCAGGCCGAGAUCAGCGUUCGCGGUCAGCAGAAAUACAGAUACUUGUCGGAUGUAUUUUGGGAAGCGAUUUCUUCAGGGAAUGUUCUGUCUCUGUAUCAAGGCCUUGGGACUAAGAAUCUGCAGUCCUUCGUUUCCUCUUUCAUCUACUUUUAUAGUUAUAGCUAUUUCAAGAGGUUGCAUUGUGAAAGGAUUGGUUCUAAGUCAAUUGGUACAAAGGCUAACCUGCUCCUUGCUGCUGCUGCUGGAGUUUGUACCUCUGUUCUCACCCAACCUCUAGAUACAGCUUCAUCAAGGAUGCAAACAAGCGAGUUUGGAAAAGCUAAAGGGUUGUGGAAGACCUUAACCGAAGGUGCUUGGGGAAAUGCAUUUGACGGCAUUGGGAUCUCUCUUCUACUCACCUCCAAUCCUGCAAUUCAGUAUACGGUGUUUGAUCAGCUGAAACAGAACCUCCUUGAAAAAAGAAAGGCAAAAGCCAACAAAGACUCUUCCCCUGUAGUCCUCUCUGCUUUUAUGGCCUUCUUGUUAGGUGCCGUGUCAAAGAGUGCUGCUACCGUCAUCACAUAUCCAGCAAUCAGGUGCAAGGUGAUGAUACAAGCAGCAGAUGACUCGAAGGACACUGAAGCGAAGAAGCAUCCAAAAAGAACCAGCAAAACGAUUAGCGGGGUCAUCUCUGCCAUAUGGAAAAAAGAAGGGAUCUUAGGGUUCUUCAAAGGCUUGCAGGCUCAGAUCUUAAAGACGGUUCUGAGCUCGGCGUUGCUGCUAAUGAUCAAGGAGAAAAUCACUGCAACCACAUGGUUUCUCAUUCUUGCAAUAAGAAAAACUCUGUUUGUCACGAAAGGUAGGUUGAAAAAUCCAUAAAAGAUGAAUCAUCCGACCGCAAGUGUCCUAAGGCCAUGCAAGAGUAAAAAAACUUUGGUCUGGCAAGUCUGUUAUUGAAAGAAUUUGGAGCAGGCAAGUAUUGUAGACUUUUCUCUUUUCAAAAAACAAUUUGAAUUUUUGUUUUAAACAAUGGUCUGAUUUAUAGGGGUUGCCAGAUUGAGUUUCUGGGAAUAGAGAACUUUCUGGUUAUUGUGUAGUUACGUUUUUAUUUCUUCAGUUGUAAUAAAAACAAAAUAUGUCUUGAAUCACCUCAUAUCUGACUUUGAUAAGCUU